ACACAUAACCUCAACAAUUUCAGAUUAAAAAAUGUGUUUGUGUUUGGGAUCCUGUAAUCUAGAUAAAACUACAAAAUAUGUGCCAAAAGAAACAUCUCCAAGAAAGUUCUGAAGAAAGUAUAAUAGCAAUGGAGGAUAGCUCGGAUAGCAGUGAUGUGUCCAUGACUGAUUCUGAUUCCGAGAACCAAAUUAGCGAAACUGAAAAUGAUAUUGAUGUUUCAAAAAACACAGAAUCCGACGUUGAGUUACAAGGAGAGGAGGAGGAAGAUGAAACUAUACAAGCAAUCAGAAAUGAAAGUAAAAAAGAAAGAGACCGUCCACCCAACAUACAGUGUGAAGAUUUCAUAACAGACAUAUCUUUUCAUCCUCAUGAGGAUUUAUUGGCUGUUGCAAAUAUUGUGGGUGAUGUUCUCAUUUACAAAUAUUCAAAUGAGACAAACAACUUGGUUAAUACAAUAGAACUCCACACAAAAGCUUGUAGAGAUAUCGAGUUUAGUUGUGAUGGUAAACAUUUAUUUUCUACAUCAAAAGAUAAGUCCAUAAUGAUUACAGAUAUGAGCAAUGGACAACUGGUUAAGUUUUAUGAAAAUUCACAUGAUGUACCUGUAUAUUGUUUGACUGUUAUAGAUGAAAACAUAUUUGCCACAGGAGAUGAUGAUGGGAUGAUAAAACUUUGGGAUUUGAGGGAGAAAUCUGAUAAACAAAUAUACAAAACAAAGAAAAAUGAAGAUUAUAUUAGUGAUAUGGUAACAAAUGAUGCUAAACAUUACCUAGUGUGUUCCAGUGGAGAUGGUUCCAUUAUAAGUAUAGAUUUACAAAACAGAAAAAUUCAUAUGCAAUCUGAAGAAUAUGAGGAAGAAUUGACAUGUAUGGGAACAUUCAGAACAGAAACAAAACUUAUUUCAGGCUCAUCUAAGGGUAAACUUUUUGUGUACAACUGGGAAGAAUUUGGUCUUCAUAGUGAUAUUUGCCCAGGUCCAAAAACGUCCAUAAAUGCUCUUGUGCCUAUCACAGAAAAUAUUGUAGUUACUGCUUGUGAGGAUGGAAAUCUUAGAGCUACACAUCUUUUCCCACACAGACCUUUAGGUAUUGUUGGCCAGCAUGAUUUAUCCAUUGAAAAUGUGGAUAUUUGUAAUACAGGGCAGUUUAUAGCAUCCAGUAGUCAUAACAAUGAUGUGAAGUUUUGGAAUAUACAGUAUUUUGAAGAUUUUGAGAAGAUCAAUCACAAAAAAUACAAUAAAAAGAAGGAACUAAGGAAUAAUCUACCAUCUUCUAAUAUAAAAAAUGCCUCUGAUUUCUUUAGUGGACUUUGUUGAUUUUGUUUUAUAUUUUUUGUAGAAAUAAAAUAAUAUAUUUAU